AUGGACGACCUAUACGAUGAGUUCGGUAACUACAUCGGCGAAGCCGAGUCCGAUGAGGAGCAGCAGGAGCAGGUCCCGCAGGCCUUCAAGUUCGACGAGGCCUUUGAAGAUGAGGAGGAAGAGGAGGAGGUCAAUGACCAACAAUUGAUGGAGGUUGAUGAGGGACCUUCAAACGCGGUCAUUCUACACGAAGACAAGCAAUAUUACCCCAGCGCACAACAAGUAUAUGGCGCCGAUGUCGAAACUAUGGUCCAGGAGGAAGAUGCGCAACCGUUGUCCGAACCCAUCAUUGCGCCCGUCCAGCAGAAGAAAUUUGCGAUCGCUGAAACCGAGCUUCCCCCGUCUAUUUCUCCCACACACGACCUCUCGGCGCGGUUAGAAAAGCGGCAAGGAAAGCGCAAGGAGGAACAGCUUCGAUAUACCGACGUUCAUUUCUUGGAGCGCCAGCGUGGCGUUUCUAUCAAAUCGGCUCCCAUGAGCUUGGUUCUUCAAGGAACCAAGGGCAAGUCCCACCUGGUCAACAUUAUUGAUACCCCCGGUCAUGUGAACUUUGUGGAUGAGGUCGCCGCAUCGGUCCGCUUGGCUGACGGUGUUGUUCUCGUGGUGGAUGUUGUCGAGGGUGUGCAGGCGAACACCGAGCAGAUUGUCAAGCAUGCGGUCUUGGAGGAUAUCCCCUUGACCCUGGUUGUCAACAAGAUGGAUAGGCUUAUCUUGGAGCUCAAGCUACCUCCCAACGAUGCCUACUUCAAGCUGAAGCAUGUGAUUGAAGAAGUCAAUACCCUCAUUGAAAAUAUCGUUCCAGGUCAGGGUGAGCGACGACGAUUGAGCCCCGAAAAGGGCAAUGUCGCAUUUGCUUCUAGCUCGAUGAACUGGUGCUUUACCUUGGAGUCAUUUGCCCGUAUGUACGCCGACACCUACCCGAAGCUUGAUUCUACAGAAUUCGCCGCGCGCCUCUGGGGUGACAUUUUCUUCAACCCCAAGAGCCGAAAGUUCACUCGGAAGGGUGUGGAGGAGAACUCGAAGCGUGCAUUUGUGAAGUUUAUCCUGGAGCCCAUUUACAAACUGUACUCUCACACGCUCAGUGAGAGUCCCGAGGAUCUCAAGCAAACGCUGGCGAGUGUGGGAGUCACUUUGAAGCCUUCUCAAUUGAAGACUGAUGCAGCUGAGCUGCUCAACCUCGUGUGCGAACAAUUCUUUGGUGCUCCCACUGGAUUUGUGGAUAUGAUUGUGCAGCACGUUCCUUCUCCCGUUUGCGGUGCCGAGCGAAUGUUGGAACGGUACUACACCGGCCCUCUGGACACAAAGGUUGCGACUUCGAUGUCUACCUGUGACCAGGAUGGUCCCUUGGUCGUUCAUGUCACGAAGCUGUUCAGCACUGUUGAUGCUAGUGGAUUCCACUCUUUCGGACGUAUCCUGAGUGGUACUGCUCGUCCUGGUCAGCAAGUCCGAGUCCUGGGAGAGGGAUACACCCCAGAGGAUGAGGAGGAUAUGGUCAUUGCAACCAUCUCAGACACAUGGAUUGCCGAGACUUGCUAUAACAUCUCUACCGACGGCGUUCCCGCCGGUAACUGGGUUCUGCUCGGUGGCGUUGACAACUCUAUUGUCAAAACGGCAACACUCGUUCCUCUAAAGCUAGAGGACGAUGAGGAGCCGUAUAUCUUCCGUCCCAUACGGCAUAUGACCGAGUCUGUGUUCAAGGUUGCUGUAGAGCCCGUGAACCCCUCCGAAUUGCCGAAGAUGCUGGACGGUCUGCGCAAGGUCAACAAGAGCUAUCCUCUGAUCUCCACCAAGGUCGAGGAGUCUGGUGAGCAUAUCGUGCUGGGAACUGGCGAGCUCUAUAUGGACUGUGUGCUUCACGAUCUUCGACGGCUGUACUCAGAGAUGGAGAUCAAGGUUUCUGAUCCGGUUACGCGAUUCUGCGAGACUGUGGUUGAGACCUCGGCCAUCAUGUGUUACUCUAUCACGCCAAACAAGAAGAACAAGAUUACGAUGAUUGCGGAGCCUUUGGACGAGGGUAUUGCUGAGGAUAUUGAAAGCGGCAAGGUCAACAUCAAGGACCCUAUCCGUAAGGUCGCACGCUAUUUCGAGGACAACUACGACUGGGACAAGCUUGCGGCCCGUAGUAUCUGGGCGUUCGGUCCCGAGGAGAUGGGGCCCAACAUUCUUCAGGACGACACACUGCCCUCGCAGGUGGAUAAGAAGCUGCUGGGAACUGUGCGAGACUCGAUUACUCAAGGUUUCAGCUGGGGCACGAGGGAGGGGCCUUUGUGUGAAGAACCAAUUCGGAACACCAAAUUCAGGCUCACCGACGUGUCUCUUGCUGACCAAGCCAUCUAUCGCGGUGGAGGUCAGAUCAUUCCUACCGCUCGCCGCGCCGUCUACUCAUCAUUCUUGAUGGCCUCGCCCCGACUCAUGGAGCCAAUCUACUCCUGCACAAUGACCGGCCCCGCAGAUGCCGUCGCCUCGGUAUACACCGUGCUCUCCCGCCGACGAGGCCACGUCCUCUCCGACGGCCCUAUCGCCGGUACCCCCUCUACUCUGUGA